AUGGCUAUUGAUACCUUAGAUUUGACCAUUCUCGUCGCCAUUUUGGCGGCUCUUAUUGCAUAUUUUACAAAGGGAAAACUUUGGGCGAAGGGAGACGCCGAGGAUGUUAGUGCUUCAGGGGCUUCCGGUUCUAGAGAUAUCGUCUUGACGUUGAAUGAGACCGGCAAAAAGGCCAUUGUUCUAUUUGGCUCGCAGACCGGUACCGCUGAAGACUAUGCACAUAAAUUUGCCAAAGAGUUCCAAUCUCGGUUCGGCAUUCCCACCAUGUGUGGUGACUUAGCUGACUAUGACUAUGAUAACUUUGAGAAGAUUCCUACUCAAGUGCCUAAUUUCCAGAUGGUGAUCUUUCUUGCGGCUACCUACGGUGAGGGUGAUCCUACCGACAAUGCAAUAGACUUUUUUGAGUACUUGGAGAAUGAUUGUGAGGAUUUGAGUGGUCUGAAAUUUGCCUGCUUUGGUCUCGGUAAUUCCACCUAUGAGUUUUACAAUGCCUCUGGUAAAAAAGUUGUCAAGGUUUUGCAGGAGAAAAAUGCUGAGCUUAUUGGCGAGCUGGGACUGGGAGAUGAUGGUAAGGCAACCACAGAUGAGGACUAUCUUUCAUGGAAAGAUUCUCUAUUUGAGGUGAUUAAGGAUUCGCUGAGCUUGCAAGAGAGAGACCUUGAAUAUGAGGCCGGUAUUGAGGUCAUCGAGGAUCAUACACUUACUGAAGAUUCUCCUAGUGUGUCAUUGGGGGAACCCGAUGCCUCCUAUGUUAAUCCAGUCACUCCUGAGGACAAGACAUAUCUUGAGCGUGGUCCUUUCGACAAUACUCAUCCAUUCUUGGCACCUGUGGUUUCUAUCAGGGAUAUGUGUCCUGUUAGGCAUUGUAUUCAUGCGGAGCUAGAUAUUUCCGGUUCCAAUCUCAGAUAUCUUACUGGUGACCAUCUUGCCAUUUGGCCUUCCAAUCCCGAUUCUAAAGUGAAUAAGAUGAUAUCUGCUCUUGACUUAGAUUCCAAGAAGGAUACUAUAAUCAAAAUUCACUCGUUGGAUCCCACUGUUCGUUCCCUGAUACCGACUCCAACAACUUAUGCUACCGUUAUAAGAUACUACCUGGAGAUUUCGGGCCCGGUCUCCCGUCAGUUCAUCAAAUCUGUGGCCCAGUUUUGUCCGGAUGAUGCUACCAAGGGAAAAAUUGAUGAGAUUUCGGGUAACAAGGAGCUAUUCCAGAAAGAGAUAACUGAUCAGGGACUUAACAUCGCGGAUGCUUUGUUGCUUCUCAGUCACGGCGUUAAAUGGACUACUGUUCCUUUUGCAUUCAUCAUCGAAUCUAUUCCACACGUUCAACCUCGGUAUUAUUCCAUUUCAUCUUCCUUUCUUUCUGAGAAAGAGACUGUUCAUAUUACUGUCAUGGUGGAGGCCAACAAGGUGACUGGUACUGACCGUAUGACUACUGGUGUCGCAAGUAAUCUUCUUUACGAUAUAGAAGCUAAUAGCAAUGGUACCAAGGCUAUUGAAAGCUACAAUCUAGAAGGUCCUAGAGGCAAGUUCCGCAAAUACAGGCUACCAGUGCAUAUUAGAAGAUCUACAUUUAAGUUGCCAACAAACCAAGAUACUCCAAUAAUUAUGGUUGGUCCGGGUACAGGUGUGGCACCGUUUAGAGGAUUUGUUAGAGAAAAGGUUAAGUUGGCUGAGAACGGAAAAGCAGGCAAAGGUGAUGUUGUUCUAUUUUAUGGAUGUCGAAAAUCUACUGAAGAUUUCUUAUACAAAAGCGAAUGGCCCGAGUACGCCAAGAAGUUAGGAGAUAAAUUCACGUUGAUUACUGCCUUCUCUAGAGAGACUGAUAAGAAGGUUUACGUUCAACACAAGAUGAGGGAGAAUAGUAAGAAGAUUGCAGAACUUCUGGACCAGGGUGCCUUCUUUUACGUUUGUGGAGAUGCAUCCGGGAUGGCAAGGGACGUUCAGAAGGCAUUGAUAGAUAUUAUGGUUAAGGAGAAAGAGAUUCUAGAAGAUGAUGCUAUCGAGAUGGUUAAGCAACUGAAAAUCCAAAAUAGGUACCAAGAGGAUGUCUGGUGA